AUGUCAAAGGUCCUGCCGUGGUCCCAGUCACAAGUGGAAAGAAAGAGGCCUUCAGAUGAAGAGAGAAAGGUUGAAGAUAAUGUGCUUUCCUUUGGUCUGAAAGUGAGUAUGCAGGUGGUGGUUAAUGUUAACAUGGUUAAUGUGGAUUCAGCUAAGCAAAUUGGGCCAAAUUCCUACAGGUACCCUGAAGAGAAUGCACACGCAAGACUGGCGGCACAUGACAUGCUUAUUGCUGCUCCUCUGAAAGCUGUGAGGAAACGACACCUGGAAGAGACUGAAGACAAAACCCUGCAUCCCGCAUCCCCUGAACUGUUGGUUGAAAAUAAGCCCUCGAGUAACCUCCAGGAAGAAGGAGCAUAUUCAACUAAGCUCAACAAGUUUCCUAUCUUUAAUAUCAAUGACAACCUCAGGCUCCUGGGUAUCAGUGCUGUGAGCCCCAACACCAAGGUCACCCGCUAUGCACUCAAUAUGUGGAGAUACUGGUGCAUGACCAAAGGACUCCAAGAUUACACAGAUAUCACUAACGUCAGGAAACUUAAUCCCAGCAGUGAACUCAGUGAACUCCUGGAGGACUUUUACAUCACCAUGAAGAAAACAGAUGGGUCUGCCUUUCUAGCCAUGUCCCUCCAUGCUAUCCGAUGAGGCCUGGACUGGAUCCUCAAGAAUGCUGGUGCUGGUCUCUCCAUCACCAGCAGCACCUUCAGCUCUUCCACCAGAAAGCUCAAGCAGAAGCUUAAGGUCCUGAGCAAGGCUGGGAUGUCUGGUGCCCGCUCUCACAAUGUUGUCAACUUCUCCCUUUCUGAUGAGGAAGAGAUGUGGAGGAGAGGAUGCAUGGGAGAUGACAGCCUUGUAGCCCUCCUGUCCACAGUGCUGAAAUAAAACAGCCAGUACCUGAACACGUGAACCUUACAGUAGCACAUGGACUUAAUGUUUGGAGACACUGAUUUACUGAAAGACUCCCAGAACAGGCCAUUUUUUGCCAGAACGGGUAGCAUGAAGCAAGAAAACAGGGUGAAUGCAAACAGAACAUGUUACGGCCAGAUCUACCAUGAGCACUCAAAAGGACACGAGCUCUGCCCAUACUGCCUUCUCUGCAAGUACAUGUACAUACACCAGCCCCCAUCGCAGAUGGAGGCCAAGCCUCCCUUCUGCCUGAUGGCCCGCAAGGGGGUCAGUGGCAUGGGAAACAUCUGGUACGAGGAGCAGAGGAUGGGGCUCUGCUCCCUCAGAGGUGUUGUCCCUAAGCUGGUGACGAAAGUGAAGCCGGAGCACUGUGAAAAUUUUAUUUUUGUCUCCUUCACUCAGGCUUCCAGGAAGUUUGUCCCUCUUAGCUCCUACCAGUAA